GGCUUAAAUUUUGCAAUGACGCCUAAGAGGGUUCCGUAUGAGACUGUGAUCUGUGGUGUUGAGGAGGCUAUAACGCGUAACAAGGUGCCGUCGUGCGACGCGGAAGAGUUAAGACAGGAUGUUGCCGUUAUUCUAAGGAAAGCCAAACUUCCAAAGAGUAAUACCACUGCGGAGGAGCGAUCAGCCCUUAGGGAUCUAAAGGGAAAUGAGGACAUCCUGGUUCUUAAGGCUGACAAGGGAAACGCCACUGUAGUGAUAGACUCAACGGAUUAUGACAGCAAAAUACGACACUUACUGGAUGACAGUCUCGUAUACAAGCCUGUUUCGUACAACCCUACAGCUAGGGUCUCUCGUCGCAUUAGGGCUGUCAUCAAAGACAACAGGGAGUUGUUCGAAGAAGACGUGUUUGAUCGGUUGUACAAACCCAAGAUCGUACUGCCACCUAAACUGUACGGAUUGCCAAAAGUACAUAAAAGGAAUGUGCCUUUGCGGCCUAUCGUGAGUCAAAUCUCUUCUCCCACUUACGAUCUUGCAAAGCAUGUUGCGUCGGUGUUGCAGCCGCUUGUGGGUAGUACGUCGUCUUUUGUGAAGGACUCUCGUCACUUUAUAGAUAUUCUCAAGGGAAUAACGCUGGAACCAGAUGAGGUAAUGGUGAGCUUUGACGUUGAGUCGCUCUUCACCAAUGUUCCCGUUAAAGAAUGUCUAGAAGUAGUCAGAAGGAAACUGAGCGAUGAGGGUAUAUCGGAGUCAGUAAUGGUGUUGCUGAGGAACUGCUUGGAAGGAAGCUACUUUUUGUAUUGUGGAAAGCAUUACCUCCAGAUUGAUGGGGUAGCCAUGGGUAGCCCUGUAGCACCGGUUUUGGCAAAUAUCUGGAUGGAGCAUAUCGAAGCCAGUAUAAACUUGCAGCCUUGGGCGGUGAAGUUGUGGAAGCGCUAUGUGGAUGAUGUUUUCUGUAUUAUGAAGGGUGGGAAGCAGGAGGUGGAGCAACUACUCCGAUAUCUAAAUUCAAUUCAUCCGAAGACGAAGUUCACGUAUGAAUUGGAAUCACAGCGCAGUUUGCCGUUUUUGGACGUGAAAGUGAUUGGUCGAGUGGACGGAACCCUAACUCAUACUGUUUAUAGGAAACCUACACACACUGACAGGUAUUUGAACGCCCUUUCUCACCACCAUCCUCGUCACUUACAAUCGGUGGUUACCUCGCUAGUAAACAGAGCACAUGAUCUGUGUGACCCUGAAUAUUUAGAGAGUGAGAUGUCGCAUAUUCAGGAGGUACUAAGGAGGAACGGGUACAAGGUAAAAAAGUGGCAACCCAGACGAAAGGCAAGGCGGAAACGUCCUGAUGUCUCCAGACAGCCGGCAUUUUUGCCGUAUGUAAAAGGGGUAACGGAUAAAGUUGGCACAGUACUUGGAAAGUACUCUAUAAAGACGGUGUACACACCUUUAUCCAAAGUAGCAGGGAGCCUAAGGUCACCGAAGGACGUUAUUCCGUUCCAGUCACCUGGCGUUUAUAAAAUAGAUUGCAGUUGUGGUAGUUCCUAUAUCGGAGAAACUAAGCGCACCAUAGCAGAAAGAGUUAAGGAACAUAUCGCAGCUGUCAAAAAUCGUCAGGUCAACAAGUCUGCGGUGGCUGAGCAUUUGCUGGAGUCAGGACCAAACCACUGGAUUGAGCUGCAUAACCCUAAAAUCCUCUCCACUGAUCGCCAUUUCUACAGUAGAAAAGUGCGGGAAGCCAUUGAAAUCAAAAAACAUUGCAAUUUUAAUCGGGACGAGGGUUUUAAGAUCUCAUCCACAUGGAAUCCAGUCAUUAGUAAAUGUAAGCGGAAACGAAUAUCGACAGUCGAUAAAUCGAAUAUCGUUAGUGUUGUGUGUCGACAGAGUGACAUCCCUAGUGCGCAAAACGUUCAAACUGAUAAACAAGACCAAGUGCGGGUAGUUCGAAAAACUCGCGCGGCUAGAAGAUGUUGAUGUCAACUUGAGCCAGUCUUCUCCGAGACCACGGAGACAACGUCGUCCUCGAAACGUCGGAGACUGUGCUCAUGGGAUAACAAAAAAUACGGCAUUGUUGGAUACCCUUGAAUUUGCCUAGAAAUUUUCAAGAAUCGAAUCACGCUGACAGUGAUUGACGAGGUGAUCGAUUUAACCGCAGACCUGCAACAACACAUAAACUGACAAGUGACAUGACGCGUUGCGUGCAGUGUUAAACCGAUUUGCAUA